UUCCGGUCCUCGGUGCUUGUGGUGGCCGCGGCCUGCACAGUGGCAACAGGCGCGGAGCGUCGCGGUCUGAGUUUCCAGCCGGGCCACUUUUCCGGCGGGUCCCCAGCAUGGCUGCCCUCAUGGUUGCGUGCCGGGGAGCUACCGCGCCCUCGCUUUUCUGACAGCCUCUGGCUUCUGUGCUCGCCUUGUCUUCCCCGGGCCACGCCAGCAGACAUGUUUACCAAGGCCUUUCGGGUCAAGUCCAACACGGCCAUCAAGGGGUCGGACAGGAGAAAACUUCGGGCUGAUGUGACAGCUGCUUUUCCCACCGUUGGAACUGAUCAGGUCUCUGAGUUAGUACCCGGAAAGGAAGAGCUGAACGUUGUGAAGUUGUAUGCUCACAAAGGGGAUGCAGUGACUGUGUAUGUGAGUGGAGGUAACCCCAUCCUAUUUGAACUGGAGAAAAAUCUGUAUCCGACAGUGUACACUCUGUGGUCGUAUCCCGAUCUUCUACCGACCUUCACAACAUGGCCUCCAGUACUCGAGAAGCUGGUCGGGGGAGCAGAUUUGAUGCUACCAGGACUAGUGGUGCCCCCUGCUGGUCUGCCUCAAGUACAGAAGGGUGACCUCUGUGCCAUUGCCUUGGUGGGGAACAGGGCCCCCAUUGCAAUCGGAGUGGCUGCCAUGUCCACAGCUGAGAUGCUGACUUCAGGCCUGAAGGGAAGGGGCUUCUUGGUGCUGCACACUUACCAGGACCACUUGUGGAAAUCUGGAGACAAGUCCUCUCCACCUUCCAUUGCUCCACCGGCCGAGGGUCUCGCAGAUCUCGGGGAAGAGAAGGACUCUGUCCAGGCGGACCCCUCCCUGCAGGAAGACAUGAGACACCUGCACCUGGAGGGAGAGGCGGAGGAGAAUGGGGAGCUUCUUCAGUUGUGUGGGGAGAAGGUCUCAGAAGACCCCGAUGUCGGGGCCCUGGACCAAGACACCAGAGGCAGCAAGACCCUUCAAGAGCAAAUGGAUGAACUCUUACAGCGCUGCUUCUUGCAUGCUUUGAAGAGCCGGGUCAGAAAAGCUGACCUCCCCUUACUCGCCAGCACCUUCCUUGGCAGCCACAUGUUCUCCUGCUGCCCUGAAGGACGACAACUGGACAUAAAGAAGUCAAGCUACAAAAAGCUCUCUAAGUUCCUGCAGCAGAUGCAGCAGGAGCAGGUCAUACAGGUCAAGGAGCUGAGCAGAGGGGUGGAGAGCAUUGUGGCUGUGGACUGGAAGCACCCAAGGAUCACAUCUUUCAUCACACCCGAGCCCUCCCAGACCUCCCAGACUAUCCAGGAGGGUAGCAGGGAACAGCCCUACCACCCUCCGGAUAUAAAAUUCCUCUACUGUGUCCCAGCCGGCAUGACCCUGCUCUUCCAGGAGUCUGGCCACAAGAAGGGGAGCUUCCUCAAGGGCAGUGAGGUCCGAACAGCCAUCAUUAACUAUGCCAAGAAAAAUGACCUAGUGGAUGCAGACAACAAAAACCUCGUGAAGUUGGAUCCUGUCCUGUGUGAUUGCAUCUUAGAGAAAAAUGAGCAGCACACAGUCCUCAAGCUUCCAUGGGAUAGUCUCCUGACCAGAUGUUUGGAAAAAUUGCAGCCUGCCUAUCAAGUGACCUUUCCUGGACAAGAGCCCAUUGUGAAGAAAGGGAAAAUCUGUCCAAUUGACAUCAUCCUAGCACAGAGAGCUUCUAAUAAAAAGGUCAUCAGGAAGGACCAAUCACUAGAAAAGGACAUCAUGGCUGAUAAAGCAAAAGGUCAGCGAAAACAAGGGAACCCUUCAAUGAGAUGGACUGACACAAUAGCCACACAAUGGACUCAAACACACCAGCAAUCACGGAGAUGGUGCAGGGCCAGGCACUGCUUCAUCACACAUACGGUCGCCACGAGUCAGAGCCGGCUCGACGGCAGCUAACAACAACAGUGAUGAACUACGGCCUUUACAUGAAUACCGCGACCAUGCAGCACUGUAUGAAGCUCUCUCACUCGAUUUGUUUCACGCACUCUUGGAAGGACUGGAGACCCAAAGAGGUGAUGUCUUGCCUUGUUAAUCCCUGCUCAAGACACAAAGCCAGUAGGUGGUAGGACUGGGUCUGAGAUGAACAUCCAUGCCCAGCUGUGGUUUAGCCCCGAGUUCUGCUAUGACACCGUGCCGUCAAGGCCUCUGCUUUGGGUGACUUUUCCAGUAAUGGUGAGUCAUCCUCCCUUUCCCCUUGUGAACACCACCACGUGAACCCGUGAGAAGGCAGGGCAGAGUUAGACUGUGCAAUGGAUUCCUUUUUCUGUGUGUUGGGUCAGACGAUCUAUGUCAAGGUCAAAUUUACAACUUUGAAUUUAUUAAUCCCAUGCUGUAACCA